CUCAGUUUUAAAAAAAAUUAUUACUUAUGUUUUAGGUAAUUGGCCUCAUGUUAUAACUGAUGACAUAAAACCAUUUUAUAACCGUAAGUUAGAACUGCAUGUCGAAGACAAAGUUUUAUUUUGGGGGUAUAGAGUGGUAAUUCCCACAAAAUUCACUAAACUUCUAUUAACUGAAUUACACAGUACACAUCUAGGUAUUGUAAAAAUGAAAAGUCUAGCUCGAUCAUAUUUUUGGUGGCCCAAUAUUGACAAGGAUAUUGAAGUGAUUGCAAAAGGUUGUGACAUUUGUAUUAUGCAUAAACCUGAACCUUUAAAAGUAGUUUUAACUAAGUGGCCUAGAACUUAUAAAUGUUUUGACAGAAUUCACAUUGACUAUGCUGGUCCAAUUAUGAAUAAAAUGUUUCUAAUUAUAUCUGAUUCAUUUUCAAAAUGGCCAGAAAUAUUUAAAGUAAAAAAGGCUGAUACUAGUAAUACACUUAUUAAAUUUAAAAAGGUUUUUGCCAGAUUUGGUUUACCUAACACGAUUGUAACAGACAAUGGUACGCCCUUCACGUCCACUGAAUUUAGUGAUUUUUGUCAAUAUAAUGGUAUUAAACAUCUAACUAUCUCUCCAUAUCAUCCAUCAAGAAUACUACCCAUAUUACCACAAAUCAAACUCCGACUAAAAUUAUGUUUGGGAGAGAUGUUAUUACACGAGGAGGUAUUUAUAAGAGAUUAUACUAAGCCUAACCAGAGAGGAUGGAAAGUUUGUAGCAUAGUUGAGAGCUUAGGCAGAUCAGUUUAUUUGUGCAAAGAUCAGACUAAUGAUAGUAUACACAAAAGACAUGUAGAUCAGAUUAUUAAAAGUGGUAUAUUUUACAAUGAAGUUUUUAAUGAGAGUUUAAAUGAAACAUUUGAGGACGGGGGCUCUAAUAUUGUAAAAGACAAAGUUACUGAUAGUAACAAGGAAACAUACCAUAGUGAAACCCCUGAGCCUAGUUCCACCCGCAUUAAAAGGAAAUGCAUUUUACCUGCAAGGUACAGAUCUAACUAA